GUUUGGAGUAUUUCUGGGGCGAUGUGGUUCAAAUAAAAUUAUAUUUUUCUUAAAGUUAUAUUACAUAGAUGUUCAAUGACUAUAAAAUAAAUUAUUGUACAAAAUUUAUAUGACUGAUAAGCAACAGGCUUUAUCCAGCUCCGUUUUACCUGUUAAGACGAAUUUCAGAGGUUUCUCAGUGUUGGUGUGGAACUGUGAAUAGUGUCUUCUUAUCGCUCAGCUGCUGCAGUAGCUCGAGUAAUCGCACGAUAAGGACCGGUCCGGAUGUACUUAAGGAUGUUUUAUUUGAUAAACUAGAGACGUCAUCAGACGGUAUAUCCCGACCUGUGUGAGUUUUGAUGUUAUUUCUGUGACAUCAAGUGAAUACAGUAGCAGCCUAACUCGGAGGCGUUGGUACACUAUUUGUGCUAACAGACUAUGAGACACAAGUUGGGCCAGUAUGGAGGACUUAGUACCAUGUGAACACCAAGUAGCGGGUUGGCACAAUGGUGCUCUAUCAUGUGUAUUGAAAAACAAGAAAGGACACAUUUUGAAACCAGUGAAACUUAAUGCAAAUCCUACCUAUGACUCUUCUGUGAGUCAGCCUAUCAAGAAGGAUAAUGCGAAGGAAACAGGUUGUGAAGAACUAAUUCCUGUAUGUCGGGAUGAAAGGGAAUUUUAUGAGAAGGUCAGGUCUUCUUCCAAAUCUGAUGAUGUAGCUUUAAAGGCCCUGAUCCCAAAAUACUAUGGCUGUCAAGAAGUUAAAAAGGAAGAUGGCAGUUGUAUACCCCACCUGAUACUGGAAGAUUUGGCUUAUGGAAUGGUUCUUCCGUGUGUCAUGGAUAUUAAAGUGGGUGCCUCACAGGACUACCCAAAUAAGGGGAAAGUUACUAAUAAGUCUAAAUAUGCAACUCAAGACUCCCAUGGCUUUUGUUUAACCGGAGUACGUGUCUUCCAUCCAAUAGAAAGUCAGCUCACUCUUGAUCUUCGUCCUGAUUCUUGCAAGCAGUUUACAACCAAUGAGGUCUUUAAUGCCUUGGAAGUAUUUAUUCAACAGAGUUUCCCAUUUAGUAAACAGUUAUGUGAGUCUCUGAUUGAAGGCCUCCAAAGUGUUAAAAACUGGAUUCUGGAGCAACGGAGCUAUAAGAUUCGAAGAGGUUCCAUUCUCAUUCUGUAUGAUGCCAAGGACAUUUCAGAUGAAUCUCCACCAGCUUCAUUGGCAACAUCUUUCAUAAAUGGGAAAGAUGAUCAAAAACAAAAGCCUGAGCAGUUGAAAGUUAAGGUGAAAAUGAUAGACUUUGCUCAUGUAUUUCAGGCAUUUGGUGAGCAAGAUAAUAAUUAUCUUGUUGGUUUGAAUAAACUGAUAGAUUUUUUCAGUAAAUUCAAGUAGCAGAACUAAGAUAAGAUUUACUGGUGUUUACAUAUUCACACUUUAAUCAUAGGAGAGCUUUCAAUGAAAACAUAUUUGAUAUGCUUAUGAGGCCAGUUUUGUAUCGUUUAUAGUAGAAGUUCAUACAUUUUGAGUACAAGGUCUAACUGUUAUGAGUUUAUAUAGUAUAUGCUGAAUGGAAGUACGUAAUGUAUUUAUAAUUUUGAAGGUGUGGAUAUUUAGCAGUACUACUGUAUUAUACUGAUAUGUACUUUGUAAUUGUUGGAAGUUUAUAAUAAACAGUAUUAAAUAAGAUUGACACUCUUAAAUACAAAGCAGAACCAAAGAUAACCUUUUGACUUAUGAAUUAUGAUAUUAGAAUAUCACUUUGGCCAGAAUUUUAAGAAGAGUGUUAUGAAGAAUGAUUACCACUGAGUUGUUAAUUAAUACCAAAGAUCUAACUCUGUAAUUAUAAAGAUUUUUACUGUGAGCUGAAUAGGGAAACUGGUGCUUUACCUUGCGCUCUAUAGUUAUACAUAUUCACUUUGCAUAUUGCAUAAUAAUAAAUACAUCUUAGUUUGUAUAACUGUCAAGUGUUCCUUUGGGGGGGCGGCAUUUUUAUCUCUAUUGGCCAGUCUUGUUAAGGAAAGCAGUUUUGCCUUCCUGUUGUCAUAUAUAAUUUAAGGUUUUGUGGAAUUUGAUUCUAUAGAUUUAGUUUCUUUGGCUAUAUUGUUCUGUUUAGUAACACAGAGGGGUUGUGUCAUUUCAUGCGGUGUAAAAUGGUACAAUGUAAGUAAUCUUAAUGCAAGAGUCACCAUAAGCUAUUUAACUUUUUUGAUAAUGCCAAAGUAUUCUUAUGUUAUUAUUUUUAUAGUUUAUAGAGUCCUGUAAUGUGUUUGUGAGGGAUUACAGGGCAAAGGUAUUUGACUUGGCUCAUGAUAAAGAUAAUCAGAGCUGCAUGUAACAUUCUCGGUUUUUAGUGCAGUAUUUUUUUUGUACAGUAUAGUAUAAUGAUAACAGGAUUUUUGAUAGUCAGUAGCUAAUGGUAAUGAUGAAAGUUUUGUGAUGACUACUUAACAGACCAAACAAGGAUAUUUGGUACUGUUUAUAAGUGUAAUUCAGAAUAUUAUGUCCAUAGUAAGUUGUUAAAGAUUGUUGUGAAAUUUUCAACCAAAGGAAUGCAGUUAAUGUGCAUGAAUGUGAUAUGUAACUUUUUAAGAAACUAAAAUGCUGGAUGAAUACAUUGUGCUUAAGGAAACUGGAGCUUCUUGUGAUUUGUCAUGCAUUAGUGCUUACAGUGCAUCACUAUAUUAUUGGAACGUGUUGUUGCCAGAUUAGAUGUGGCCUAUUACUGGUAGGGCAGUGCAUGUAAAUAACUUUCUAGUAUAGUACUUAGUCAUGAUAUGAAAACAAGUUACCAUUGUCAGGUUAGAUAUAGUUGAUGCCUGGUAUAGCUCUUCAUGGAAGAACCCUAUCCAUGUGGUUGUAACCUGAAAGAAUUAAUUUUUUAGGUAAUGAUAAUUAACUGCAUGAUUUCCAUGUUUCUAAGGAUGUGAAAUAGGUGGCAUUGACCUGUUUGUUAUUUUAUUUGUUCUUUUUGAAGUUUGUUGUGUAUUGUGAAAUCUGAAAGUAUUUACUACUGGUAUAAUGGUCUGGGUAGAAUAUUAUCCAUUUAUCUCAAAUUCUGGAAAGCUAGAGAACUAAUUAGAAACCAAUUUUGUAUAUUCCCCAAAAUUUCUAUAAGUAUGCUAAACUUUCAUAAUGCUAUGAUAUGCCCAUCACUUCAGUAAGUAAUGAAGACAUUGUUUGUAAGACAACACUAAAUGUUUUUUGUAGACAGUUUUUCUUGACAUGUUUUGCUCAAACCCUGAAAUAGAUUCUGUAACAUUUACACUUGUGCUAUUGAAUGUUGUGUAACACAUCUUAAUAUUUUUGGUAAAGAAUUGAUGGGUGUGGUGUGUGAUGAAUAAUUUUUUUUAAAGACUCAUGGUAGGUCAUAUACUUAUUGCACAUCACUAGGUGAGGUGAUGUUUGAAGUUACAAGGGAUAUAGAAUAAACUGUAGAAUAUAAGCUGAAUGCAUAGAAAUUACUAAAGUGUUGUAAACAUUCAGUGAAGAUAUGUAAAGUCCAAAUAGAGUUAAAAUUGGGUAAUAUAUAUAUAUAUAUAUAUAUAUAUAUAUAUAUAUAUAUAUAUAUAUAUAUAUAUAUAGAUAGAUAGAUAGAUAGAUAGGAUGUAACAUUCAAGUACUACAGUAUUAAUUUUUUUAUGUACAAACCCAUUACAUACUUUACCUUAUUCUGAAUGAGGAUAAUGGGGCAGUGAAUUCAAAUGAUAGCUUUAGACUACUAAGUUACAAUUCUGGAUUAUUGGUCUUGCCCAAAUGGUUGUUUUAAAUGAAUAGAGAUAAAGUUAAAGUAGGCCAGAUAGGGAGCAGAUGGAAAGUGAAAUGUUAGAAAGUUAUACAGACGGGGCUGAAGAUAAGACCCUGGGAAGAACCCUCAGUACAUCCUGCAGUUUACGCUGCAAAGUACGUGUAGGUGGUACACUCCUUUGCCGUUACACAUCAGCUGUCCAGAUUAUUAUGUAUUCCAUUUUAUGGUGAGGCUUUAAUUUAUAAUUCUUGGAGUCUCCUGGAAUGAAAAUGUUAUGUGCCUCUACUUUUUCUGUUAAUGUCAUCUUUAUUGUAAAGGAUUUCAACUAAAUCUGUGAGGAAAAUUUCUAGACUCAAGCGAAUGACUGAAGGUGUUGCUUCUAAGGGGAGCAGAAUUGGAUUCUGGACAAGCAAAGAUUUCUAGUUCAUAGUGAAUGACUUAAAAGACCAAGUGCAUUGUAUCUUGGGUCUGAAAGGACAUUUUCAUGUAGUAUGAUUGAAGAUUACUGCUGAAUAAUGAUAAUUUGACUAAAUAAUGAUUACUUGACUAUUUGCAAAAGCCAGACUUUAAAGGUAUGCACUGAGAAAUACUGUGGUAGUAUUUCCUUUCACCUAUAGAGCAACAUAGUGAGCCGCAUUACUUGAGGUUCUUUGCAGCGUCCCUUCAGCCCCUAGUUGCAACUCCUUGCAUUCCUUUAACUGUACCUCCAUUCACAUUCUCUUUCCUCCAUCUGACUUUCUACCCUCUCUAACACUUGUCUCAUAGUGCAACUGCUUUGAGGUUUUCCUCCUGUUACACCUUUCAUAGUUCUCAGCUCUUAGCCUUUGUCAGCCUUUGUCUUAAAUAAUAUAUUCUAUUCCUUUGGAGCAAAUAUUCAUUCUUAUACUUUCAUAGUACAUCUUGAUUCAUCAAACAGGAAUUAUCUGCUGUGAUUCAUAGUUUUUUCUAAAAAAAAUCUGUUGUGUGCUGAUGCUUCAUAUUCUUAUGAUGAAAUUUUAUACUCGGCAGUAUUUGUGGCUCUUCAUUUUUUCCCAGUCUUUUUACACAAACAGUAAUAUUCUUGUUAAGAUUCAGCUAAUUUAUUUGAACCUUUUGGGUGUUCCUGUAUUUUACAUGUAUUUAUUUGUGAUUAACAUAAUAGAUUAAUGCAGUGCAGCACGUACAUUGUACUGUACAGUAUUCUUGCUGUCUCUUUUAUCUUAUAGUGUUAUCUUUUCCUUUUUUGUAACCUAGUUUCAUUUAUCUGUGUGAAGACAUUUCGUUUAUUUAUAUCCCAAUUUGAAUAUCAGCCACUUUGAGAUAAAAUACUAAGGAAGGAUCAUGUCUAUUUUUGUAAUUAUUGGAGAAAUACUCGUGCGUGAGCCCACAGACUUGACUCAGGGCAUAUAGCAUUCCUUUAGGUCUGUGAAAAUGUAGAUAUACAAUAGUGUUUGUUUUUCUUUGGUUUCACUAUUUAUUUAGAAAUAAUUUAUGUAAGACUCUUCUUUAAUGUUUCUGAUAUGUGAAUUUACUUAAAUACAGCUCUUGAUUAUGA